AUGAUUAAUUUUGAAUCUACAAAAAGAGAUGAGAAAAAAAAUGAAAAGAAGACAAUUAAUUUUGAUUACAUGAAUAUCAAUAAUGAAAAUAAUGAAGAAAAAAUAAAUAAUAUAUUAAAAAAUUUAAAAGACGAAGAUAGAGAAUUAUGUUUUCCUCUAUUGGAUUUCUAUUUUUUGAAUAAAAAUUUUAAAUACCAAAACUUAAAAGAGAGUUUGCAAAUAAAUAAAAGUGUUAAUGAGUAUAUUAAUUUAAGACUUCUAAAGAAGGAAUUAUAUCCAAAGGACGAAUUUUUUCAAACAGAAUUGAGAAAUAGAAAAGAUGUUAUUUAUAGAAAAUUAAUGAUAAAUAAUAAAAACUAUGUAAAGAACAAUAGCCAAACAGAUCAUGAUUUUCAUCUAAAAAAGAAAAAUUAUGAUGAAAAAAAUAUAAAAUUGUCUGAGGAUAUUCCUUCUUUUUGGAAAAAUGAUAGUGUUAUUGGAACAUUUAAUCCUGUAUAUAAUGCAAGAGAAAAUAUUAUGAAAGAUCAAAAUGUAAAUUCUAUUCCUACUAUAGAUAUUUUUUACAACUCAUCAAAAUUACUUUCUAUUCAAACAAUUUUUGAACCUAUAAGCAAUUAUAUAUUUUUAUUACGCUUGCUACCAAAAUUUUGUUUGCCUUUAUAUGAUUCAGGUAUAUUGCAAUAUGUAUGCGAAGAUCCAUUUUUAAAUCCCAAAUUAAAAGGUCUUGAAUUGUCUUAUAGAUUAUUAGUUCAUGAUAUUUUAUUCUAUGCAUUUUUUUCAUAUUUGGCUGAUUUACCAUUUUGGGCAAAGCCACCUAUUGAACUUCUUAGAAUUUAUAAUUAUGAAAGUCUUUAUUCUUUUAAUGAUUGGGAGUCAGAACAUACCGAAAGAUUAGUUUUUCAUAAUAUAAAAAAUAUCUUAUACAAUUUUUCUGAUACUUUAAAUCAAAUUGAACUAUUGUACCCAAAAAAUUAUUAUAUCACAAUUUUUCCAAAUAUAUAUUUUAAAAAUAUUAUAGAUUUUUUAAAAGGAGAAAAUUUUAAACUAAAAAAAAUUGUUAUUGUAUUAAAAGGAAAAAAUUACAUUGAUGCAAAAAUGAUAAAUCAUAUUAAAAUGAAUUUAGAAAAUUUUAAAGGUAUAACAACAGAAAAUGUUAGAAAAGAUAUACAUGAGAAAACAUCCAUUUAUAAUAGUGAUAGUGAAGUAAAAAAUACCAAAAAAGUAAUAGAUGCUAUAAAAAAAUGUUAUGAUUCUAAUGAAAAUUUUUUUUUUAAUAACUACCAUUCUUCAAGUAAUGAAUAUAACGAAAAUAUAGAUGAAAACAAAUGCAAUAAUAAAAAUGUUAAAAUAAGUCAAAUAAACCAAGAAAAAAAUGAGUUGCCAAAAACUAAUGAAAUAAAAAAUUUUUUAGAGAAAAAUCAAAGCAUUGAAACGAAUUAUAAAUUUAAAAGUUCUCAGGAAUUUAAAACAAAUUUUGAUUGUAAUAAUAUUCCACAUUAUUAUAAGGAUACAAAUGUGAAUUAUAAUAGCAACAUAAAAUGCAAUCAUUUUGAAAAAGAUAUACACGUAAGUAAUAAUUUAAAAUAUGCAGAUAGUAUUAGUAAUGAUUUACAUAAAUUAAAAAAUAUUGACAUAUCAGAUAAUUAUAACAUUGACAAUGCUAUAUAUAAUAUUUAUUACAAUAAUAAUUUCCAAAAGGAUCGUACAUCUAUCAUUGAAAGUAAAGAGAAGUCUAUCAAAAAUGAUAAAUGUAAUUCUUCUGAAUCAUCAUGUACUGAAGAUGAUUCAGAUGAUGAAAAUAUUGAUGGAAUUUUUAAGUCAAAAAAAUUAAAAAGUACUGUAUAUGAUAGAAAUGAUUUUUCUUUUUCUAAAUUUAUGAAUAGCAUAAUAAAUUAUGAAAAAAUAAUUGACUACCUACAUAAUGACCCACAGCGCCAAGAAAAUGAAGAUUCAAAAGUAAAAUUUUAUAUUAAGUUGCUGUCAUUUGAAAAAUCUUAUUCAGAUCAUAUAAUUAAUGAAAAUAUUAGUGUAAAUGAAAUGAGAGAUACAUCUUUUGUGGAUAUUAAUGAAAGAAACUAUAUAAGCAAUAAUGAUGAAUAUAAUUUUAGUAACUUUAAUUUAAUUUCAUAUCAAAAUGAUAAUAAUACACAAAAUGUAAUAAAUAAAGAAAAUGAAGAAAAAGAAGAAAUGGAAGAAAAUGAAGAAAAAGAAGAAACGGGAGAAAAUAAAGAAGAUACUAACAAAAACCAUAAACAUAUAUCCUCCGAAAAUAAUAAUAAUACACAUAUGAAUAAACAGGAAAGUACUUUAAACGAUAAUUUAGAUAAUAAUAUACAAAAUUCAUCGGAUUAUAUAAGUAAUCUAAUAAGAAAUUUAAGAUUAACUUAUGAAAAUAAUAAUUUCUUAUCAUUUAAUAGAAACGAAGAAAAUGAAGAGGAAAAUAAUUUUAAUUUAGAUAACGUUCAAGAUUCCAUAACGAGAAUAACAUUUAAUUUUAAUUAA